AAAAUUCGGUGGCGGUGGAGAAUUUCUUGCGAAUUGGAAACGAAGGAAUCAACAACCACCUGUCCGGUAGUCGUACUUUAGGUAGUUUCGCACUCGCCCUCCAAAUCACGUCCGACGCUUAAAAUAAAACGUAAUAAAUACACGCGAGUACGAAAAGAGAUAAAAAAUGGUGGAUGGAGUACGAUUAAGACGGAUUGAGCGAAAAUCUUAGUUCGAUUCCGACAUCGGUCGGGACGAACAGUUUGGACGAAGUUUGGCGGACGAAAAUAGUUCGGUUCGACCGAUUUACUCCUCUCACCUUACACCGCCAAGUAGUGCCUCUUUUAAGCGCUUUAUUUGCACAAUUGGGAAGCGAAUUUCGUAAAAUACGUUCUUCUCGGCUAGUUUUUAAGGAUUAUCCGCGUAAUUUGGGGGCCGGGGAGAGUCCCCGAGCCGUAUUUGGGCGGACGAGCGAUCGUCAUCUAAGAACGGUUUCGACUUGGUUGGUCAGUGUUGUUCUUAACUCAAAGAGUAGCUUUCGUCAACUCUUUGAAACUCGUCGUUCACCAUUUUAGAGUCGCCGAGAAGUUCGUAAGUCGAUUCGUCAUCAAACUGGAACGUUUAAGGAUACAGAAGAUGGAUCUGCAGACGUUGCAAGGUCAACUUAAAACAGCAAUCCAAAACCAUCAGAUCGUCGUCUGCAAGAUGAGGAACGAUCCUCAGAAUUCUCUACUUCAGAAACAACUUCAUGAUCUGCAAGCUGAAAUAAGGAAGUUAAGUGAUAAACAGAAACAAGUAGUACAACAGUUACGGAAAGAAUUAGAAAAAAAGCAGCAACAGGUAGUCAUUGUUUCCAGUUCGGGCCAGGUGCAGACAACUGUGCUGUCUCCAGUAUUACAGUCUACCAUCACCCAAAGAGCUAAUCAGUCAAUGACAGUUCAUCCAGUAGUUUCUCAGUCAACUCCAGUUCAGACACAAGCAGUGGCACUCACCACAAAACAAAUGACUAUUGUACAGUCAGGACCACAAAAUAUUAGGCAUGUAGUGCCUUCCAGUCUUGGUAAUUUAGUAAAUGCGUCGACUAAUAUUGCUAUUAAGACGCCGGUAGCCACGGCGGUCUUGCUGCCUCACUGUACCACCGCUACAAAUGCUCUGCUAACUACGAGGUCCGGCAAUAAUCAGCGAGCGCAGCCUGUUCUGGUCGUGCCAUCUCCAAACCGUUCGAGCGACAGUUCGCACACGGGCGUAAUGUUAAAUCUCGCACCGCCUAUUCGUGUGCCUCAGUAUCCUCCGCCUGGCAGCAGAUCGGUUUUAACAGUGCCAACAGCGUGUCAUUCUGUAACUACAACAGCUACAAUUAGUACAACCACAACUACUACUUCUUCGUUACCAGCUAGUCACAUUGCAGCGCAACGGGCAUCUUCGACAACACACCUCAUUGUUAAGACAGUUUCGCCCCAUAAUAAAAUAAUCAACAAAGAAAAACAAAUUAAAUCUGAUUUUAUGUUAUCUUUGGGACUUGUGACCAAAGAGUUUCUGACUGAACUUAAAAGUCGGAAAGUGGAAAGAAAAAGACGUACCACGGCUAAUCCUCAAUUCUCAAAUGCAGCUAUAGAAGAAAAGAGAAAAAAUGCAGCUUUUCUGAAUGCGGAAAACAUGUCGGGUCCACCUACAAAACGACCAAGAGGUCGGCCUCGUCUGGUUCCCCAGGCACCAAAUAGUAGGUCAGAAUCACCCGAAAAUAAUACUGCCUCAACAAUGACGACGACUCCCAUUCCUCUCACGGUCACUAACGUCAGCGUUAUUACUGCCGUCACUGCCACUUCGACCACAAUCACAACUACCACCACCACAAGCUCUAGCACGCCAUGUAAUAAUGGAGGAAAUGGCGUGAUAAAUGGAUAUCAUCUUCCACAACAGUCUCUCAAUCAACAUUCGAUCAAAAGCAGCUCUCCAAAUCAAGUGUGUACAGUUUGCAAACAAAAAGGAGAUUUGUUAAAGUGUAGUGUAUGUGCAGGAUUAUAUCAUUGUAGUUGUCUGAAACCUCCCAUUAAAAUUGCUCCUUCAACUCCUUGGACUUGCAUAAAGUGUAGCCAACCUGAAACAAAACCUCGUGUCACAACAUGGCCUAGUCCACUAACGGUCGUUCACAGUUACAUAGCACUUAAAUCAGCUAAAGAAGAAGAGAAAAGAAAAUUAUUGAAAAGAAGUUUGGAGUUGAAGUCAGAAAGGACCCAAUUACAAGACAAAAAGCAGCAGCUGAAUGAAGUCAUAUCUGACCAAGCACAAAGACGCACAGAACUUCAAGCAACUCAUCAAAUUAUGCAGAAGUCUGUAGAACGCCUUCAAGAUUUCAUUAUGAAAAUCAAGCAAAUGUCUUGAUGUAUAUCACUUUUUAUAUUUGUUUAUUGUGACGUACCGAUACACGUAUGGAGUUUUUCUUGACAUAUUUAUUGUACUGUAUCGAUCACACUUUUCUUAAAAGAAAUACUAGAAUGCUCAAUCGAUGCCACAAACUUUUGUAUUGAGUAUGGAUAUUAUACGAACAGAAUAUUUAUUUUUUAGUUUUAUUAUUACUUUGCUUUGUUUAUAGAAAACUUAAAAUUACUUUUUGAAACAUCUACAUAGUAAAAAUUAAUUUUUUGUUUCAGUCAUGUACAAGCGAUAUGAUUAUGUCAUUGUUUGCUUAUAAUAUCGUCCAAUUAAAUGGUCACAUAUAUCAUUCUUGUAUGUUUAUUGUUUAUUGUUAAAUCUCAAACUUUGUGAUAUUUUGUGAUUUUUCUCGUUUUAAUGUGUUGCCAUGCAGGUUUUUUUUAUUAUUUAUAAAUUGUAUAAGAAAGUAAUAACUUUGGAACUGUUAAUUUUUUUAUUGUUUAUGCUUAAAUAAUAUUGCUUGUUUUAGUAUUUUCCAAAUGGACUUGCUGUUAUCAUCACUAAAUUAUUAAGAUGCUAAAUAGUUUUUGUCAUGAGAAAUAUUGUUGUUUUUUAUUUUCAUUUUGUUGGUUAAUCGAUAGUUUUAUUGAAAGAUAGUAUGAUGAAAUGAAUCAUUUAUGAUAGAAAUAUAAAAUAUGGAUUUACCCUUGUUGUGCCAAAUUGUGUGAUUAGCUUUUCUGUCAGUUUUUGCAAUGAAAGUACUGUUUUUCCUCUUAAAUUUGUGUCGAUCCCAAAUUCGAAACCUAAUACAAUAAUUAUAUUUUCUAGAGCUUACUGCAUUAUAUAUUAUUUUUGUAAGUUUGUUUUUAUGAUUAAGUGUGUAUGUAGUAUAUGUGUAAUUUCAAAUGAUAUCUAGAGUGAGUGUUCUUGUUUUAAAGUUUUUGCAUUUAGAGUAUGAACUGUAAAUCAGUCUUCAUAUAAGCUAUUACGUAGACUUUUUAUUUUGAUAAUAAAUGAAUAUUGUUAUCAUUAAAUGGAAAAUGGAUGUUAUGCACAAUAUUUUAAAAUUUUGCUCUUACAAAUAGUAAAUUUUGUAUGAAAAGACUGAAAACUUUUUGCACAAUCUUCUGAUUAAGAAUUAAACUGUUACAGAAAUUUGAUUGUAAAAAGUUAUUUUUCCGGCAUAAUGAGGAUAGUUUGGCUUUGAGCUGUUUCCUCCUCUGUUGAAAAUUAUGUAAUUUGCAUUACCUUCUCUUGUAUCCUUGUACACUGCCAGAGACAGUUUUGUUUUUGAUUUAUUUUCUUAACCUCUUGUAUAAAUUUAAAAAGAUACUAUUCUUCCAGUGUGAACGACCAUUUAAAAAGACAUUUCAUCUGCAUAUACUAAACGUAUGCCUUAUAUUUAUCAUCACCCAAAAUAUUUGUUUCCCCAACAGAAUUGCUCAUUCACACAGAGGGAACGAUGAUGAAUAAUAAUCAUAUUUUUCCCUUUUUCUAAAUAAUUUUGAAGUAGUGUGACAAUAACAUUGACAAUCUUCAUAAUUGAAAAUGUGUAUGUAUAAAUUAAUACAUUUUUCUAUGCACACGAAUUCCUAUUAAGAGCAACUAAAUCGUAAAGCAAUUUCAAUUCUUGCUCUUUUUUAUAAUUAUGAUGUGUCUAGUGUGUUUGUAAACUGGAUAAUUGAUAUUAAGAUGGUGAUUACUUUCUUCAUAAAGUCCUGGACAGCAUGAGAUUUUUAUUAUUAUUUUAUCUUAAACCUGCAUCAAGUGGAAAAUUGGUAUAAUGUUAAUUUGAGUCUUUGGAUUAAUUAGUAUAAUAGAGAUUAAUAUCACAUUCUCUUCAUGCCAUAAAAAUUGAAAAAGUUGUUCUAUCAAAAUUAAAAUAUAAUCAGUUAUCCAGUUUCCAAUAUACUACAAAUUAAGAUGUUUUUUUAUCAAUAUUGUGAAUGUUAUAAGUACUGUAUAUUCUUGAUUACAUAGGGUAAUGGAAAAUAAUGACAAAUCAAAAAAUUCUUUCAACGCAUGAUGUUUUUUAAUAGUUUAUAUGAAAAGAGACUUCUGUUGAAACUUUUCUGGCACACUUUUGUGUAUCAAAUGUAUCUGUUGGUUAAUCAGCAACAAAAGUAUUCCAUCCAAGAAUAAUCAAGAGUAUACUGUAUUAAAAUAAUAAAUAAAUAAAACAAAAUAUAUAUAUAUAUAUAAAGUCAUGUUAAAUAUGAUUUUUGACUCAGAAUUUUUGAAAAAAAAAAUUAAUUUAUAUAUUUCAUUUUGAGUGGACUAUGCAGAAAAUGUAUACAAAAAAGUGAUCUUAGAUUGACUGAGGUGUAAAUUAUGAAAAUUAGUAGGGACCAGAUGGAAAUUUAGGAUCAUGGAUCGAUGUGUAAACUUAUUUUCAAAAAGCAUUUGAUUAGAAUUGUAAUUUAUCAAAAUGUUACAAAAAAGCACUCUCGCAACAUCGGAACUACUAUUUGGUGUUUCUUUAAGUGGCUUGUACCAUUUGCUUGACGUGUGCAUGUUUUUUUGAUUCUUCGUCGUCAAAAAUUUUUCGUACUAAUAUCAUGUGGCAAGACGUGUAAAAUCGAUUCUAUCCGAACAGCUUCCGUAAAGUGAACUUCGAUGUUUAAAAAAGCUGUAAAUGGUAAGAAUUUUUUUAAUGUCUAUUUGGUGUUCUAUUUAAGGUUCCUUUGAGGAUAAGAAAUUUAAUUGCCAAAAAAAAAAAAAAUACUAUAAACUGGUUAGCCAAACGAGUGCCUGUAAAAAAAGAAGAAAAAAUGUUACUUUAUCUCCAGAAAAUUAGUAAAUUCGUAUUCAGCCAAUUGUUGAAGAUAAAUCGUCAAUUUUUUGAUGUAAUGCUUUGUGUAAAUAUCAAAGGUGCUUGCAAAUGUAUUGUUAAUACUUCUUUUUUGUCCAGAGUAAAUCGUUAAAUAGUAUGCCCUGUGAUUGUCAUUAAUUUGAAUAUAUUAUAAAUAUAUAUAUUAUAUAUAAACUUUAAAAAAAUAGUUUGACUAUGUGCUCAAAAAGCUUUUUUUAUAUAUAUAUAAUAUAAAUUAGAUAAUUGUUCGACGAUUCGUAAAGGCUUUCGCGGAAAGGGGACGCCGCGUCCCACACUUGAACGAGAAGAGGUGUCUAAUUUUUGACUGAACGUUUUGGGUCGUGACGAGGAAAAUAAAAAUAAUGCCAGAUUUAUAAAAAUAAAAAAUUUUUUUGGGGUGGUUAAGAAAUAAACUAGUCGAAAAUAUUGUAAUAAAUUUUCUUGCAUAUCGUUUGGUAUAUUUUAUUGCAAUACCAUGUUAAGAAGUGUGUGAUGCCUUUGCUGAUUCCUACAGAGUAUACAUAUGUUGUAAAUAAUGUAUAUCCAUACCAGAAUGAACUGGUUUUAUCAAGCAUAUCGAUUUCCUUCCUCAACUGUGACAUUUUUGAAUACUGACCAAAUGUUUAUGUAGAUGUAAGGAAAAAGUAAUAAAAUAUUUCAUAUCUUUAA